CCCCAGCAGCGGUUUACGGUGACAUCUUACAGCCAGUUUCGUCGUUCGCACUUUACUGCGAGCACUGUCAAAGCCCAGGUGUAUUACUCGGCACAUUUAUCACGGAGGAAUAUCAUUUCGUAACCUGAAGAUACAAGCAAAUUGCCUACACAUAAACUCACUCAAACCUCGAAACGAAAGAAACAGUACUGCGAAGGUUUGGUCGGCACGAGUCACCACGAGCUAUUUUGCGUCCAAAUCAUCUCCCCAAACAACCAACAAGAACGCCGCCAAGAUGUGCCACUACAUCGAAGUAACGUACCGCUGCCGACACUCCGCGAUCUUCACCAGACACACCUGCCCAGCCGCUCAGUUGGAGCUAGAGCGAGUCAACGCGAUGGAAGCAAGUGGGCUCUCGCCCGAUGCCUUCAACUACAACCACCCCGCCGCGUGCCAGCCCGGCCAGGACCACAACACCGUCCACGCGCCGUCGCCAAAUGCCUGCGGCUGGGAGUGCCACAACAGCCUCCCUUUCCCUACGCUAAUCGUAGACGUAGAGAUGCCAGCUGCUGCACACCAAGAGAUGGCAUUGGUGAUCGAAGGCGCCGUAAACAUCGCCUUUUCUACGAACAACGACAUGGACAUGGGCAUGGAUAUGGACGUGGACAUGAACAUGCCCGCCGACCUUCCUGCGGACAUAUGGAUAGACGAAGACAUGCUCAUGGAGAUGGAGGAGGAGCAGACGCCGGAACCAGAAAGCGCCAGUAUCGCCGCCGAAGACGCUGACAUGCAGGCGUUUCCCGACAACAACGUAAACAACACCUGGGGACUCGACCUAUUCAUCGCGGACGUGGCGCAACUACAAGGCCAGGCUUCGGGCGCCGCGGAGAACGCUGCCGGUGGUGGCAGUGGUGGGGGUGUGGGUUCUACGGCCGCUGAGAUGCUCGCGAUGACGACCGGCGUCCCAGUAACUGCAGGAUGGCUAGGCGAUCCGGACGCGCAGUACGGGGUCGCGAGGUCUGGCUUGGGAUGGAAUGAGGAGGUCGAGGUCGUACCAGAGGUAGACAUGGAGGAUGAUGAUGCUUGGUGGAUGGAUGGUGGUGCCCUUGAGUGAGCUACAUUGGAUUUUAAUAAAAGUAAACUGAACAAAGUCUAAAGCAUUCAUGAUGCGUAGUUUGUUUGCUCUUG